AUGAACACCAAUUUAAACCCUGAUAACAACAUCUCCACCCCAUCCCUGGUGGGAGUUAGUGUGAGAAGCAUCAACGAUGCCCAUAAUCCCGAUUUUACGGACAGCUCAUCGAGACCCAAUUUACAUACUGCCAGCUCGUCACAUGUCUUGAACAAGAUAACAUCUCAACCAAGUCUGGUAGAUGCCUCUUACACUUCAGUGGCUGAGUUGAAUCGUGAAGGAGCGUUGCUGACUGAUGAAGUGGACCUCGAUCAAGUCACGAAUGCCACAGAGGCCGAAAACGAUGAUGAGAAGCAAAAGCAGCUACAGGCUUUAAAACAUAAGAAACAGCAACAAGAGAAACUCAAACAAAAAAGUAAGAUUUCGAUUGAUUCAUCGACUACCAGCUUGAAAUCAAUGCACAGCGUAGACUCGAGAUCGCUGAUUACUUCUACCGACCCAAUCGAUGACCAGAUUAACAUGUCGGCGUCCUCCAAACCAGGCCGCAGAAGAGCUGUGACGAAUGACAGACAUGGCUCGAGGAACGGGCAAGUUAAAGAUGACACGAUAAGAAACUCGUACGGUGAAUUCAUUGAGAACAAGUCUCAUAAGCCACAUUUAGCUGGCGGUGAGUCUUAUCAAUCCUGCCAUGAAUCCGACGUACAAAGCGAGCGCGAUGAUGAGAGACCUGGAAGACGUUCCAGACGGUCAUUAGACAACCAGUCAUCCUCCACCGAGUAUCUGAGAUCUCUCUCGAGAUCCUUGAGUCGUGAUCCGGCCAGGGGAAGAAAUGGCAGUACCAAUAUGAACGAUGUUACUGAGAAAUUGAACAAUGCAAGAUUAUACAGUACCAACAACUAUUCGAUCUCUCAAGCGGACUUGGAGAACGCACCGCACAUCAUUCAGCAGACAUUAGCUGAAGAAGAAGAAGAGGAAGAAAAUGAAGGUGCUUUGAUGGAUGAUCAAGGUAAUGAAGAGUAUUCCAAAGAGCUCGAAGAGGCGGCUGAAGCGGUCGAACAAAACGCAGCGAGGCAUCUUUGA